AUGAUGCGCUCCUUUUUGGUACUACUAAAAACGGACGACGAGUUCCGCGGCGCCGUCCUUUCCAUCCUGAGCUCCGCGGGGGUGCCGAUCGCUUCGGGGCCGGCCGAGCCCUCGGUCGCACCGAGUGCACCCGAGGGCGCGUCCGGCGCCGUCGCGCCCGCCGCCCCCAUGGACUCAGACCCGGGCUCGCCCCAACUCCAAUACGCGGCGUCGAAGCGCCCUGUCUCGUCCUCCUCCGACCCCACGCAGUCGGAAGUCGCGUUGUCGGACCCCGACGACGACGGCUUCACGACGGUGAGGCACGGUAGGAGGAAGAAGCAGAAGAGCUCCGACGCCUCUGCGCCUUCCGCGCCCCCCGCGCCCUCUGCGCCCGCGCAGUCCUCGAAACCCGCGCCUUCAGCGCGUCCCGCGGCCUCUAAGCCCGCCAAUUCGGCGGCGUCGGCAACGUCGUCGCCACCCAAGGGGCCUAAAAAACCCCCGCGUGUGAACCUGCAACUCCCUGCAGGUAUCGCAAUCAAUGACUUUUUCGAUGAGUUGGGUCGCCAACACAUCGCCAUCACCACGAACAGCUGGAACGGAGCUCAACAGCUGUUGUCCCUACAGCCCGCUUCGAUCGCGGACCACAGGUCAAUGACCACUUAUUUUGAUAGGAUGAAGUAUCACUACUUCACCUACGCGCUCCCCGGACGAGCGCCGGUAUAG